UGUGGGAAGCGUUUCAUUGGCAGUUUCCAGACGGAGCCACGCCCUCGGCAGAUGAUUGGUGGGUAGCUCGCUGGAUGGGCGGGGCCUGGUUUAAACUGCGCUCCCGCCCUGAACCCUGGCGUCAAAUUUCGAACGAAGUUCCUCCGGAGGAGCACCUUCAACGAGCCGCUCCGCUUCAAUUUGAGAGCCGCGAGGCGCAGGCUGACCCCCCCCGCGGCGGUACCGGCGCCAUGGCGGAGCUCAACUAUUCUGUCACCACCGAGAAGCGGCAGAACCGGCAGAGCACGCAGAAGAAGACCUCUGGGAGCCAGGUGAUUCUAGAGAAGGUUCUGGGCAUCACCACAGUCAGCAGCAGUGGACUGACCUCUGACCCCAACACCGGCCUCAUCGCAUACCCAGCAGGGAGUGUGGUGGUCCUGCUGCACCCCUUAAGGAACCAGCAGAACCACAUCCUGAACUGGUCCAAGAAGCUGUUCACCGCUGUGGCCUUCUCUCAUGACGGAAAGCACCUCGCCACUGGAGAGAGCGGGCACAGGCCCUGUGUGCGGGUGUGGGAGGUGGGGGGCUCUCAGGUGGCUGAGGUCCAGUCCCACAAACACAGAGUUUCCUGCGUGGCGUUCUCCUCCAACAGCGGCUACAUCGUCUCCGUGGGUUACCAGCACGACAUGACGGUCAGCGUGUGGGACUGGAGGAAAGGCUCCAUCGUGGCCUCCAACAAGGUCUCCAGCGGGGUUCUGUCCGUCUCUUUUUCUCAGGACAGCAGCUACUUCGUCACGGCGGGAAACCGCCACGUGAAGUUCUGGUACCUGGACGCCUCCAGGGAACAGCGGGUCUACGGCACGGUGCCCCUGAUUGGACGAUCGGGGCUGCUGAACGACCACAAGACCAGGGUGUUCUGUGGGGUCGCAUGUGGGCGGGGCCUCAUGGCGUCCAACACCUACUGUGUCACCAGCAGCGGCCUUCUGUGCCUGUUCAACCGCGUGCGGUACCUGGAAGCGUGGGUGGAUCUGAAGACAUCUUCUGCUAGCUGCCUGACGGUCAGUGAGGACUUUAUCUUUUGCGGCUGCGCAGACGGUGUGAUUCGAGUGUUCAGUCCUGACCGUCUGCAGUACUUGACCACGCUGCAGCGGCCACAUCUCCUGGGGGCGGAGCAAGGCCUGCAAGCAUCCGUGUCGGACGCUCUGUACCCACCCACGCUGGCCCUGACCCUCGACCCCUGCAACCAGUUGCUGACCUGCGUGUACGGCGACCACAGCAUCUACGUGUGGGACGUGCACGACGUGCACAGCGUGGAGAAGAUCUACUGGGCGCGGUACCACAGCAGCAGCGUGUGGAGCCUGGAGGUGUAUCCGGAGCGGCCGUAUCCGUCCCACGCUCCUCUGCCGGCGUCCUCCUUCCUCAGCUGUUCCUCAGAUAACACGGUCCGGUUCUGGAACGCCGCGUCCCACAGGAACCUCUGUGGCGAUGACCUGCUGAGGAUCCUGAACCUGGGAGCUGCGCAGCAGGGGGAGGCGGUGGACGGGAAGCCGGGAGUCAGAGUUCUGGCCGUCAGUCCAGACGGGCAGCACCUGGCCGUAGGGGACCGCUCUGGAGACCUGCGGGUCUUUGGGCUGCAGUUUCUGGAUCAGCUGGUUAAGAUUGAAGCCCACGACUUGGAGGUUCUGUGUCUGGAAUACUCACCUGCUUCCACAGGUGUGAGGCUGCUGGCGUCGGCCGGCCGGGACCGCCUCAUCCACGUCUUUGACCCGGACCGGAACUACAGCCUGCUGCAGACUCUGAACGACCACUCCGCCUCCAUCUCCGCCGUUAGGUUCACAGGUGAGAGUCCGGAGGUCCACCUGGUGACCUGCAGCGUCGACAAGAGCAUCAACUUCCAGACAGCCGAGCAGACGGCAGACGGUCCGGGGUUUUCCAGGCGCCACUGUGUUGUGGAGAAGACCUCGCUGUACGACAUGGACUGCAGCAGAACCCAGGCGGUGGUGGCCUGCCAGGACCGGAACAUCAGGGUCUACGGCGUGGACAGCGGGAAGUUGCAGAGGUGCCUGAAGGGCUCGACCAGCGACAGAGGCGCCCUGCUGAAGGUCCGAAUGGAUCCGUCCGGGUCGUUCUUUGCCACCAGCUGCUCCAACAAAAACAUUGAGGUUUUCGACUACGAGACGGGAGAAUGCGUGGCCUCGCUGUUUGGUCACUCAGAGGCGGUCACAUGCCUGAGGUUCAGCUGGGACUGCACACGCCUGGUGUCUGCGUCGGCCGACAGCUGCAUCUUCGUGUGGAAGCUGGACGGUCACAUGACCGGCAACAUGAGGAAGAUUCUCAGGCCCGCCCACCAACAGCCCGGCAUCAGGAGGGAGACCUUCAUCAUGGCCCCCUGUUUGCUGCCCCAAACGGAGGAAGAGGAGGAGGAUGAAGCUGAGCCCCAGACCCCGAUUAGACUGGACACGCCUGACGAACCUUUUCUGCUGCAGAGCAACGGGAAGAUGCCGCUGUGGUUCAGGAAGCUGCAAGCUCAGGGCAGGACCCCCUCUGUCAACCAAUCAGAGGCGGAGCCUUACCGGCCUCAGGGCCGAUGGGCGAACUCCCUCGUCACCUGCUACACGUUUUCCCCAAACACCAUCAGAAACAACCAGGAGGAAGAGGAGGAAGACCUUCGCCAUCAGAGCCUGGAGCAUCUGCUGGGACACGAGGAAGAGGAGGAGCCAGAGACGGUGGUGGAGCUCAGCAGCACCUUCACGGUUCUCGGCGACGGCACCUGUACAGGCGUGGAUGGACGCUUCAGCAUAGACGACGCCGCUAUUGGACAGGGGGCGGAGCCUGUAUGGAGCACCCAGCUGAGCCCGGACUCGGCGUGCUCCGAAGGCUCCGUAGGAAGUCUGGAUCAGCAGCAGGACUCAGACACGGACUCGAUGAGUCAGAGCAGCUCUGCAGGCAGCCUGAGUGCUGAGGAUGAAGAGGACAGGAACCCGUCCAGCCUGAGUGAAGAGAGGUUCGACACGGACCUGAGGAGCUUGCAGCCCCCAGGAGAAAAGCCCUUCCUGAAUCCCCGCCUCAGCAUCUCCACGCGCUUCCUGUCCCGCUUCCAGGACAGAGUCAGGGCGUGGCCGGCCCGUUGCAGGCCGUGGCCGGCCCGAGCUCCGCCCUCCAUCCCAGAUGGGGUAGCUGAAGAAAGCCUGGGCAGCUCCACGUCGGUGAAGUCCGACAGGAGCGGCGCCGGGUCGGCCGUCUGGACCCGGACAGGACGCUGCAGACCGGUUGAGGGUAGAACCGCUGUGCUCCAGACAGAUAAGACCUCACACAACGUCAGGACGUCCUCUCUGGAUCCAGCAGGUGAAGCCCCCCCUGUGGACCUGGAGCCCAGGCUCCACCUGGAUGCCCCCCCACAGACCGGGAACCAGCAGAACCUCACCGUCGUCUCAACGGCCCCCCAGCCCAACAGUGAGGCCCCCCAGGUCCAGAGCAGCAGCCUGCAGGUGGAGGCCACGCCCCCUCAGGUGCCAUCCCAGGACAGGGAUCGUAUGGGGAGCGCCGGCAGCCUUGAAGAAACUCUGACCCAUACAUUCAUCCAGAGCCCUGCACUUUUGGCCCCGCCCACCACUUGCACUGAGAGCAGAGUGCCACCUGAUCCAGGUGACCCGGUUCUUCCUGGGAACACAGACUCGGACGUGUCGGCAGAUCAUUUCCUGCUGGUCCCGCCCUCCUGCACCUCCUCACCGUUCUCAGAAAUGCCCCGCCCCCAUGAAGCAAACACCUGUCAGAUGGGGGCCUCCAUGCAAGGCGCGCUUCUAUCUCCGCCUACAAACCACAACCGGGAGGCCUGCAGGCAGCAGUGUCACCACGCCGCCGCCCACCUGCAGCAGGCCGCCGCCCACCUGCAACGGGUGGUGCACCUGUACCAGCAGCUCGGGUCCUCGCAGCACGGCGCCCUGCAGGAGGCGCUGUCCAUCGUUCAGGCACACCUGCACAGCAGCGCCCCCUCUGUUCUGCUGCAGGAUAGCGGCACGUCGCGCCCUCUGGGGAAACGCUGAGCUGCAGGGCCGGACGACCCGGAAGGAACUGGAGCAAUUAAGAACCAGAACCGCUGGUAACAGAAGAUAAAGUGGACCUUCUUUCCCACAAGCCUCAGCGGUUCUGACCGCCGUCUUUUGUAGUGUUUGUGUAGUUGCUGCUAAUAAAGUUUUUGUUUUUAGGA